GAAGAUUCCGGGGAGAUGUUCCGAGUGACAGGCUGCCGCAGCGACAUGACGGUGCGGGAGCUCAAAGAGGAGCUGGACCUAAUAGCCGGCAUCCCCUUCAACCUCCAGCGGCUCCAGUACCUGGACCAAGGAAUUUUGAUGGAUAACGCUACGCUGAAGUUCCACGAUGUUGUUCCUGGUGGAAUUAUUUCAUUACGUAUCUGGCAUUAUGAUGGAUGGACGGAACUGGUUUUGGCGGCCGUGGAAGGGGAUUCCAGUAAGCUGUCUUGCCUUGGUGUUGCCGAAGAUUCUUUCUACCGAACAACAAAUUCGCAGCAUUUUGAUGACAAGCAGUGGAAGAAGUGGAUUUCUCAGAGAGCGUUCAUGGCGCUCUAUGUUGCCUCACACAGGGGUCACUCGGAGGCUGUUCAGUACCUUCUAGAACAUGGUGCCAACUGUCAGGGCAGAUCCCCCGUGGGCAGGACGCCCCUGCACGUGGCUGCAGCCAUGAGCCGGCUGGACUGUAUCAGCCUCUUGCUCAAAUAUGGGGCCUCCAUCAACGACAGAGAUGCCAAGGGGGAGAUGCCCAUGUCCCUCGCCUGCCGCCUGAACCGCAGCCAGAGCAGGCAGCGGAUGUUCCUCUUCCACUGGACAGUGAAGCUGGGGACAAAGGACCCGAUGGACCCUGUCGUGAACAAGACUUUUCAGAGAGUCAGGGCCGGGUUUGGAUCCGAGAAGGAGAACAAAACAUAGCUCCACCUGGGAAUGUUUGCAUGUCAGCUCUGACUUGGGGUAACUUUCCUGAGUUCAGAUCCACGGUGACCAGUGGCUUUGGGUGAGGAGGAAGGCCGGGAAACGUGGCAGUUCCUCUGAAUCAGAUACGAAACCAUCUGUCCUAUUUGCAAAUGACUUGAGGAGGGUAUUGAUGGAAGUGGGUGAGUUUGUGUUCAUUUCCUAAAUCCAUCACAGACCUAACGGGCUCCCACGCCAGCCUUUAAUUUUGAGCUAUUUGUUCAUUGUAUCCAGUAACGCUGCUUGGGGUGAUGGGAACCAAUUACCUUCUCUCCCGUCUGGACACCAUCUAAUGCGUCGGCAUAACAGGGGUAAUAGCCGUGGUGAGAGUAGCUCUGUUGUUACGGUACAAAACCAGUGCAGGCAAACGUCACCAGGUCGUGGGCAGUGUGACCUGUGAAUUUCAGUUUGUAAAAUUCAUGGCACUAGAUGCUCCCUAAGCUAGCAAUGUUCCAGAAGUUUUCCUGAACCUCCCUGGAGGGGUCUGCUGCCUGAGUCUGAGGCGGGGCUGGGGGAGAAGCCAGGAUGACCUGGGGAGCAUCUGAGAUCCUUUUGUCCCAUCCCCAAAAGUCCAAGCACCCUCCUCCCGCUAGCUUUCUCCUUUCCUGCUAGAACUCGGGUAGCUCCAGCAUCCCUACUGUGGGGCAGUGUCUCUGCUGAACUCUAGGCUCGACACCCACAAAAGCUUCUCUGUGGGUGAGUGAGCUGGGUGUGGGAGCCGAGAGGGAGGGGUGAGGACUGGGGCGGACUGACACGCGCACCCUUGUCCGAAGGGGGCACCGCGACUCAGCUGCAGCAGAAAGGUGAGCCAAAGGCAGCUAGAUCUUUGCAGAGCUUCCCAGAGCUGGAAACCUGGCUUGUUGACCUAAGUCCUGAUUUUUAAGCGUUGGCUUGAAUUAUUUUAAGAUCAGCGUACGGAACAAAAGGAGUAGGAGAUUUGAGGCACAUGGAUGGGACUGCCGACCAUCGUCAAACUAACUCAUUUCACUGGGGAAACGGGUAGAAGCAACCUAAGACUCACUGGAACUUUCCCCGGCUCUGAAGCCACAGGGCGGGAAUGGCCAUGAGUGUUGCCGGGUGGGAAGUGUUGUCCACCCUUCCACCCGUGGCCACACAUGUUUCUCUGAAGCCCUAUAUCCUGACACAGCUUCCGGAGUCAGUCUGUGUGGCAACAGACUCUCGACCGUUGAAGUUCGGUUUUUUAAGGUGCUGGGCAAUGGCACUGUAUCCCAGCCGCCCUUCUUUCUGACUUACAUCCCAAGAACUGGAUUCCGCUUUUACAUUAAUUGGCCGCAUUUCCCGCUGUCAUGGCAAGUAAGAGCCGUGUUGGUGACGUGGCUUUACACUCAGUGGACGUGGCUGGACCCAGCUCAGCAAUCUGUUUGACACAUAAUAGUCAGGAAAAAAAAAUACAGCUCAGCAUCAACAGUGUCAAAACUGAGAUCUUGUUUGCGGCAGACGUUCUCCAAAGUCAAUAGGCAGAUAUUAAAUAACCUCAUCCAGCGGGGUCAGUUCAUUUAGCUAAUGAGGUGUGUUGGCAGGGGGACCUGGGCACCCUUUUAACUUAACAAGUGGUGUGACUCAGAGUCAUGUGUUUUCCGGGAGCUUUGCUCUGCUGUCUUUAUUGUUAGCAGAGCCAGCUGCCUGACAUUUGUCACCAAAACUUUGGAGGGAAGCCCUCUGUCUUUGUCACCCCCAAUUCAACUAAACACUUGGCCGGCAAUUGGGUGAGUUCCAUACUCUCCAUGGUGACAUUUUGCUCGGUCUGUGGCAGGGUCAUUAAAACAGUCCUGUAGGUCCUGGGGGCUCUUCCUUUUAGACAAUCUUAACAUUCUAGCUAUUAUAUUCAAACAAGCCUGUAUCACCUA